AUAAAAUACAAAAACAAUGAAAAUAAAGCAUAAAGGCAUAAGUGAAAUGUGUAUUAAAAGUCAAGUGGUAGAUCACGAUUCAAACGUAUUUGAAAAGCAUCCACACUAGUGCAUUUACCAAGGAUUAGUGUAUGUUUAAUUCUAUAAACAAUGAACGCAAUAUCAUUCACCUUAUCACGCAAGCAAAAACAGCUCGGCCCGGCACCAUUCGCUUCGAUGGAAGAUGCUACUGCAGAAGAAAAAGCACAGAUAGAGCAUCAGAGCAAUCAUGAGACAUAUCACUCGUCAAAUGACAAGUAUGCAUGUGAUUUUCGUCGAACAUCACUUACCAAAUCCUUAGAGUAUCCCUCGGCGUUGGCACCAGCAACUCCUCGCAUCGAUAUUAGUAGAGCCUCUUCUCACUCUUCUCAUCACGACAGUAGAGACAGCAGUCCUGAAAAUGUUUUCGAACAGGUUGGUACAGGCACCCUUCAAGAUUCGGGCGGACUUGGCUUUCGUGAAGAAGAUACACUGGAUCUACGAAAUUCCACCGAAGAGCUACAAUUUAUGGAAUCGGAAGAAGGAACAAGCGAAAAAGAAAAACCGAAUACGCAAUUCAUGUAUUGUCCUUCGGCAGUACAACGAGCCUCGCCAAUCAUUUGGAAGCUGGAUGACCCACCUACAACGCUGCUCGGUCAAUUGCAGCAUCAGCAACAACUUCUUAAUCGUAAAGAUUCCGUUAGUUCGGAGGUAGUUGCCUUUCUAUCCAUCUCUGGCCGAACAAGUCGUCUUUCUAGUGUAGGCAGCCAGGGAUCGGCCAAUAGUAAAUUAUCGGCCACAUCAGCUUUAUCAGGAAUUUCCAGGUCACCUUCGCCACACAAGAUGCUUUUAGAAACAUCGUUUUGCGGGUCAAAGCCAUCGCAAAACUUUGCCAACGGAAGUAAUGCCAAUUCGAGCCUUGAACCUGGAACAGAGAAAGUUUUGGAGCAAGUCAUACUAUCACGUAAGAAAGAUCCCACAGUAGCCGUCCUCGCUGAAGGUGUGCAAAUGCAACUACCAACGGAAGACUGUAUACCACCACUGCAGCCAGCAUCAGCUAUCGUUGCGAAUGUUACUGGAUUUGAACAACAUUCUAACGGUGGCGAAAGGCACGUUCGUCGCAAAUCGGACUGUGGUACCAUUACCGCGUGCCUUGAUAUGAUGACACACUUUAAGAUGGGUCAGACAAGUCGAAGUGUCGGGAAUAAACGCAACAUUCCUCCACGAGAUUUGAAAAACUCCAUCAUUGGUGUGAUGCCUAGUGGUACGGAAUAUAUUCGAAUUAAGCUGAAACCAGACCAUUGUUACACCGACAAUGGCAUAGCAGACAACGAACGUGUCAUUGAGAAUGCAAAAGAAAACGGAGGUUCUGAAAUAGUCAUACCCCAUCAUGGGGUAUCUAACAUUAUUAGAUCACCAUCACCGGCUAAUAGUCAACAGACACGAAAAAAGCGUACCUCUUCUACAUCAAAUGAAUCAGGUGCAAUUAGCAUCGAUGCGUCCGCUAACUUAACACCCUCGAAACAAAAAUUAGUGUUGAAGAUGUUUAGACCGAAACGUGAUUCAAAGUCGAAAUCACCAUCUCCAAUGGGUUCAGCUCCUGAUCAGUUGGAUGGCGAAGCAGGUGGAUACCGUAGCUGGAGCGGAAAAGCACUCGAUGGUCAAAGUAUACACAUUCCGUUACACACCCCUCCAGAAGAGCGUCGGCCUCAUGAAGCAUUGCCAAGUUCAGCAGUAAAUGCGGUCGCCACAUCGUCAGUCGCAUUAAAUGGUAUAUCAGUGUCAGCCUCGGUAACAUCAAUUCUAAAGCACCCUAAACAGAAACAAUUAGAACUAAAGCAACCGCGUAUUGCUAACAUGACGGUUACGAUACACGAUCGUCCUAGACCGAUGCCUCCCCUAAAAUGUUAUCGCAUUGAUAAUCCCGACGGUAGCAUUCUUAUACCACUCAAAUCACCUGUCGAAGAUAAAAAUGUCGAUUCUCAUCAUUGGGAAAGUGUUAUUGGAGAGCUAUCUCAACGCAUCGAUAAGCAGACAAGUGAGGAUCAAGACGAAGCUGUAGAUAUGAUGCUUUCUAGAAAUAAAAACUGUAAAAACACUGACAUCAGCAGUACGCCUGUUUUGCAGCAGGAAUGUGAAUUAGAAUCCUUAAAAUGCAAUCAAAAACGGAAUGCAAGUUCUAUGGUAGCAUCACCACCGACGUCGACGCCAGCACCGCUCACUCAACCGCCGCCACCACCACCACUACCGUCAUCAUCACAACUUACGUCUGCGCUACCAGCAUCUUUAAAGCAUCAACCAAGAGAAGUGCUCCCUAAACCACAGAAAUUGGUUUCUUCCGGAAUGGAAAUGCUUGGCACUUUACCCCAGCAAGCAGCUGCGGCAGCAAAACAGAUGCAACAAAAACAACAGGCCCUUUUCCAGUUUCGAAUGAGCUCCGGGAGUCAUGAUAACAUAUUUACAUAG